UCCAGGUGCGGCGGCUCCGCCCCGCACCCGGCGGCGACAUGUGGCUCCUGGAGCGGCUGCGCGGCGUGGCGGAGAACGGCGGCUCCCGGGGCGCGGGGCCCGAGGAGUCCCCGCGGGGUUCCCGCUACAGCAACGUCCUCACCCCCGACAAGAUCCCCGACUUCUUCAUCCCGCCCAAGCUGAGCGCGGCGCCUGCUGAGGCCGAGGGCUCCGAGCCCCCUGCGCCGCCAGCCCUGGGUCCCUCCGCCUCAGAGCAGGACCUGGCGGGGCGCAAGCCCCCGCGCAGCCCCCGGCCGCCCAGCCGGCCCCGGCCGAAGGCGACAGGCCGGCACAUCAUCCAGAUCGAGAGCGCCGAGGACUGGACGGCUGAGGGGGGCUUCGGCACCAAUGCGGACCCGCAGGCGCAGACGGCCAUGUCGCUGCCCUACGUGCCCAAGGCGCAGACCUCCUACGGCUUCGCCACGCUGGUGGAGAGCCCUCACACGCGGCGCAAAGAAUCGCUCUUCCACAGUGAGCACAGCAGCCUCUGCCCCUCGCCGGCCACCUCCCCCAGCGCCCAGCGCAGGGCCAAGCUCAACGGUGAGAGCGGGUCCCGGGCGCCCGCCGACCUGGGGGCAGCCCUCAUGCACCCCGGCCGCUACUUCAGCGGCGGCGAGAGCGACACGUGCUCCUCGGCCGAGUCCUCGCCCUUUGGCUCCCCGCUGCUCUCCCGCUCCGUCUCCCUGCUGAAGAUCUUCAGCCAGGAGAGCCAGUCCAAGGUCAUCAAGCUGAAGCACUCGGUGGCCCGCAACAGCUCGCUGUCCACCGACGACAGCUCGGCCGACACCAGCCCCAGCGCCCAGCGCCGUGCCAGGAGCGCCCCGGCAGGGGGGCAGCUGCCAGCAGCCCCAGACCUGCCGCAGGGCCGACACCGCGAGCACAGCCUGCGCCUCAGCCGGGGCGGCAGCCUGCGCCUGGCCGCCGACUACGACCCCUCCAACGCCCGGCUCCGCGUGCGGCUCGUCUCCGCCGAGGACCUCUACGAUGCCCUGGUCGACGUGCGCAGCAUCAACUGCUGCGUCUCGCUGUGCCUCAACCCCGGGAAGCUGCAGAAGCAGCGCAGCACCAUCGUCAAGAACAGCCGCAACCCCAGCUUCAACGAGGACUUCUUCUUCGACGGGCUGGGCCCUGGCCAUGUCAGGAAGCUGUCUCUGAAGCUGAAGGUGGUCAACAAGGGCAGCAGCCUGAAGCGGGACACGCUGCUGGGGGAGAAGGAGCUCCCGCUCACCACCCUCCUGGCCGGCCUGUAGGCAGCCCCGGAGGGAGCUCGCCCAUGGGGCUGGGGCGUGGGAGGGCUGGGGCCAGGCCCUGGCCCCUCUGGAGGAGGGUUCAAAGGGGCCCCCCCAGAGGAGGGCCGGGGCCGUGGCGGGUCUUGGGUACGGAGGGCCGGGUCCCCGGGAGCGGUCCCACCGUGGGGCGCUGCCAGCGUCAGCCCUCCCGUGGCAGCCGCAGCCUCUCCCCUCCGUCCCUUCCCAGCACCGCUCCCGGGGCUGUGGCUCCUGGUGCCCAGCGGGAGCCACCGGCCCUGUCCCCAUCGGGAAGGAUGGAUGUCACCUGCUGGGCUCUUCCCUGCCUGGGUUCUGCAGUCUCCAGCUGGCCAGCACACAGGUUGGAGGUGGGUAGAUCCCUGUAGCGUACUUAUUGCCACUUCCCCCAGCUCCCAGAGCGAGGUGAUGGCGUGGAUCUCGACUUUAAUUUAAAAGUCAAGUUCAUAGUCUUGGAGACUGCAGGGAAAAUACUGCAGAGGUGACCCAAGAACCAGUCUGGGGGCCCUGGGAGGAAGCCCAGGGGCUGACUGGGACCCGUGGUCUUUCUGAGCCUUUCCUGGACCCUUCCCAGGCCUGCGCAGGGCACGCGGGUUGUCUCUGCCCAACACCUGCAGCCUCCUGGGAUGCCUCCCUGCCUUGAGCGAUGCCGUCCACUGCUGACCCCCCCGUGGGUGACAGCUCCAGGAGCUUUAGGGGCAUUUGGGUCUGCCCAAACCCAGGCAGGGGCUGCCAGGGGCUGGCACUGCCAGGUGGGGGCCCAGCACCCCCCGCCCCGGGCAUACAGGUGGGCACGGGUACCGGGUCGGUGUCCCAGCAGAUGCUGAGCACCGGUGUCUGUGCACCUGGGUGGCACUAGGGAAGGGCAGCAGGCAGAGGCACAGGCUCCCUUCCCCUUUGCUGCCCAUCCACCUGCGGGUGCUUGGGGGCUUCUGAGUGUCUGCACCCCCCGGCAGGGGGAGAUGCAGCCCUGGGGGCACCCAAAAGGGUCUGUGCUGGCUCUGCAGCUCUCCCAGGGGGAGUGGGCACCCCCACCGCUGCCCCCACCCCGUCCUGUCCCACCAGGCUGGAGACACCGGGAGGGGUAAAGGCAGGUUGGGGUUUCUGCGGGUGGGUAAAACAGCCACCUCGUUGUUGUUGGUGUGGUGUUGCCUAUCGCAUUGGGUUCCUGCAUGUUUUCGUGGAAGGGAGCAGAAAUAGCAGCGCUCCUCUGCCCCGUCCCAGCACGCGUGGACACACGCACACACGUGUCCCUCUGUGUUAACCUCUGUCGGUGGCGGUUGAUGUUCCUUCCUUGUCCUUUGCAGCAGAUGGCAGAUUUCAGUGUUGGCUAUUUAUAUCUGAGGCUGAUCUUUCCCAGCGUGUUUUACUUCUGUCUGUAAAUAUGUUCCAGGUACGCGAGGCAUGGUUCUGAUAGCGUGAUGUUUGCAUGUCGGGGGGAUUUGGGGUGACCGUGGCUGUUUAUCGAGCUUGUGGAUGAAAACAAACCGUGCAGGACGUGAGGAGCAGGAGCAGCCCUGUUGCAGGGGAUUUCCCACCUUCUGCUUCCUACCCCAGCACCGACCAAGGGGCGCCUGCCCCCACCCUCCCUUCUGCCCCGCGGGGCCUGGGCUCGGCUGGGGGGCGAGCAGGGGGCUGUAAGGGCUGGGAUGGGACUUGGGGGCAACCUCCUGCACCGGGGCUGGUGGGGACCCCAGGGCACCGUGAGGCACUUUUGGGGGCACGGGGCACCCAGGGACUGGGGACAGGACCAGUGCGAAGGUUUUGGUGCCCAUGAAGGGCUGGGGGUGCCACAGCCCCCCCCCCCCCCCCCCCCCCCUUGGCAGAGCUGUGCUGUGGGCCUUUGGCUCUGGGGAGGGGGGAGGCUGAGAGCAGGGCCCAUGACUGCUCCUCGGCUUGGGGCUGGCCCCAGGGGGAGACCCAAGGGCCUGGUGGCUGGUGCCGCCCCCCUUGCCUGUCCCGCGGCUGCCUCGCCAGAGCCAGCAGAGCGUGGUGCUGAGCCCCGGGGUGCACUGCACAUUGCCGUGCCAGGUGGGUGGAUGUGGGGCCAGGAGUGUGGCACGGCGGGGUCCUUCCUCCCUGUAGCUCUUUUCUAAUGUUCCUGCUUUGAUAUUUCUGUGGCUGGAUUUAAUGAUGCAUUUUUUGGAGUGAAAAAAAUAUAUUAAUACCUGAAUGGAAUGUUUGUUUACAGAUGACUUCCCCUUUUUAGUGCAAUAAAGGCAUUUCUAAACCAGAUGCGGGUGGUACCCUAGCUCCUGGUGUUCCCUUGCUUUCCACGGUUGCAGCUGCUGGGCGGU